GGUAAUGGGGCCGUUACUCGUUGAUAUACUCCUGAUUGGAUGCCAGGUCGAGCGAAGGCGGGACUUGUGGAUUGUGGACCAAUCUGAUGUGGUGCCUUGGUAUUGGGCGGGGUUUACGUCGUGCAGGGGAUCCAACAAUAGAAAGCAGCCAAAAGGUGGAUUCACAUGGCCCGUAAGCAGGAACGCUGUAACCAUAUACAGACUCGUAAAGCAUUCAUUUAACAUACAGAAUUUUACAUUGUUUGGCUUUGCUUGAUUCCUGAUACUGCUGAGAAAUUGUUCUGUAGUUUAAUCUCUGCGGAUCUGUAUUUGGAUGAAUGCUGGAGCGCAUCUCUGGCAUCCACGACCUGCAUCACAAGUCCUUAGAGUGGAAUAGGAACUGCGGGAAAAAGUGACAGGAAUAUUGGAAUACCUACACAACCCAGAGAAGGAUGGAAAAAUAAACAGGACAUUUUACAGGUACAGCUGUUCCAGGUGACCGUGAAGUGAGUGACGAUGCCACUGGUGAAGAGGAGCAUCGAGCCGAGGCACUUGUGCCAUAUGGCAUUGCCCUGUGGUGUUAAAAACGAGCUGGAGUGUGUCACCAAUAUCUCGCUCGCCAACGUUAUACGCCAGCUCAGCAGCCUCAGUAAAUAUGCAGAGGAUCUGUUUGGAGAGCUCUUUAGUGAAGCACAUGCCUUCUCCUUUCGAGUCAACUCCCUGCAAGAGCGAGUGGACCGUCUGUCUAUCAGUGUGACACAGCUCGACCCUAAAGAGGAGGAGUUGUCUCUGCAGGACAUCACUAUGAGGAAAGCAUUUCGCAGCUCCACCAUUCAGGACCAGCAGCUAUUUGAUCGUGAGUCUCUACCUAUCCCAAUGCAGGAGACGUUCGACCUCUGCGAACAGCCUCCACCCCUCAACAUUCUCACGCCCUAUAGGGAUGACGGGAAGCAGGCUCUGAAGUUCUACACUAACCCAUCCUACUUCUUUGACCUGUGGAGGGAGAAGAUGCUGCAGGACACAGAGGACAAAAGGAAGGAGAAAAGGAAGCAAAAGUUACAGGAUCCACACUUGUAUGAUCAGGUCUAUAAGUAUUUAGACCUCCCAGGGCAGCUAAAGAACAUUGACCGUCCUGCAGAACCAGAGAAGGUACCACGAGCUCCUCAUGAUCGCAAAAAGGAGUGGCAGAAACUGGCUUUAGGGCCAGAGCUGGCAGAAGAUGACAUUGAAGAUAAACACAAAGACACUAGCAAUGGUUUGGUUCCCUUCCAUGACCCCAGGCAAAUGUACAUGGAUCAUUUGGAUGGUUCGUUCUCCCUGGCUGCUUUGCCAUACUCUCAGAUGAGCGAGCUGCUCAACCGCACAGGAGAGCGCAUGUAUGGCCGACCUCACGAGCCUCCACCACCUCCACCUUCACACCCUGCAGACAUCAAGCCUGCCUCAGCCAUCAGCUCCAGUUCAGGGUUCUCCGACAGUCAUCCUCAGUCUCCAGCCCGCACUCCUGUCUUCUUGAACCCCAAUGCUCCGCCCCCUCCUCCCCCACUCCCCCCACCCCCUCCUCCUCUCCCAUCCGCCAUAUCAGGUUCAAGCAUGCGCAGCACACCACCACCGCCAAUCCCACCAUUACCUUCCCAGCAACCCCUUGCUAUCCCCCCUCCUCCUGCACCCCUUCAGAUUGCCCCUGGUGUAUUACACCCCGCCCCUCCUCCUGUGGCUCCACCUCUUCAUUCUUCUCCAGCCCGACUGCAACAAGACAAAGUCUUGCUUCCUGGCAUGGGAGACAGCACUGUCUUACCUCCUCCUCCACCACCUCCUCCUUUGCCUCACCCAGGAGCCCGAAGCUCCCCCCCUUGUCAGCCUCCAGGUCCACCCCCUGUGCCUUCAUUCCCGGUUUCAUCUCCGUCCACUCACUCGGGUCACGAAGUCAAAAGACAUCCAUCAAACCUUCCGCCAAUCAGCGAUGCCCGCAGUGUCCUAUUAGAAGCCAUUCGUAAAGGUAUCCAGCUGAGGAAGGUCGAGGAGCAAAGGGAACAGGAGGCAAAGCAUGAGCGUGUAGGCAAUGACGUAGCCACCAUCUUGUCCCGACGCAUCGCUGUGGAGUACAGCGACUCAGAAGAUGACUCUGAGUUCGAUGAGGUUGACUGGAUGGAGUGAAGGAGAGGAAAGAAGUAGUUGAAUAUUUAGGAUGGAAUGAUUAAGAAAUUACCAUUUUAAGAAAAAAAUUUCUUGUUUUCUCUGUGUGUCUCUUCCAUGGUUCUCCAUGUGGUAUAUUUCAGGAAACUUUGUGUCUUUUUUUUCUGGAUGUUUGCGCUCAUGUUUUUUUGUACAACAUGCUGACAACAACUCAUGUUGACGUUGUCAAGGGUUUUAACAAUUCUAUUUUACAAUUAAUUGAAAUUACGCUGAUGUAACUAAUUUCAAGGAGGGACCACAAAGAUCCACUGUUUAGAAAGGGGCAAUGCAGCUGUCAUCUUAUUCAAGCCUAAGGCAAUGCUGCCACCAUCUGGUUUAUUUUAUUAUUGGUUUGUUUUUUGUUUUUUAACUUCAUGUAAAAAAGACAUUUCACAUUUUAAAUAGGCCAGUAAACACCUAUGUGAAAUGAGGGGGACUAUGCCCUACUUAAGAAAAAAAAAUUAUGUUCUCAUUACAAAAAUGUUACAUUUUUCACAGUCAUAUGUACUGUCAUUGUAUGAUUCUAAUAAGACAGAAAAUGUGGUUAAGAUGCUCGUUUUCUGUAAAGAUAUGGAAAAAAAUGGAAGGUGUUUAAAUGGUGCCGACAGAUUUAGGCAAGACGUUUUUUCAGGGUUCUAGCUUUCAGUGGGCUGUACAUGGUGUAUUUAAAUCAAUAAGGAAUCAGACCAUUACAGUAUCAACUGACUGUUUUCUGACAGAAAUAUCCUGGCCAUACAUUUCUCCUUCUCCUGCCUUAUGGUUUGUAUAGACAUUUUGUUGAGUUGAUGAAUGUACUGUGCCGUUACUACUUUUUGCCUGCAUUUCUAAACAUUAGCUGUUUCUAUGUUCCAGAUAAGAAAAUAAAAGAAGAAACAAACAAAAGAUGAAAAUAAUUUUAAGGUGUACACCUUGUAACUUAUGUAACUGUUUAAUGUAACAGUUUGCUUGGAUUAAUAAAAGCUAAUAUUAUGUUAAAGGUUCCAUGACAGUCAUAUGUCUUCAGAUGUAUGCAUGAUUGACAUGGUGUUUUGGAAGAUAUAUUUUUACCAUUCUUGCUCACAUCAUGCAGGAAUAACAGUGCUGUCUGUGUUUUACCAGAUGAUGGCCCCCACAAAAUCAGCCUAACGCUGCAGGUUAUCAGCCAUACUGGUUUGUUUGUUUGUUUGUUUGUUUUUUAUAAAGCUUCUUAGUUUGAAUGUGAAAUACAGAAUUUUGCCCAAUUGUUCAAUGAAUCUAUCCAUGAAUCAAUCGUUUCAACUAUAAAAGUAGUUACUGAUAAAUUUAUCUAUUCUGGUACUGUGUUCCAUGAGCAUGACUGUGUAUUGAUGUGCAUCUAUUUAGGAUAGUAGUAGUAGUAGAAGUAGAAGUUGUAGUAGUCUAAACAUGUAGUGCUAAACUUGGGGUGUAAUGAUGCAUCACAAUGCAAAAACAUGAGGAUGUGCAUCUUGGAUUUUGUGAUCAAUUUAGCCUACUUUGGAGCUCUAUUUCCAGUUAAAAUGACACCUCAGGCGCUGCUGUGGAGCUGAUUAUGUUUAAAAUUAAUAAUUUUCCCAAAUUUUCAAUCAAGUUUUGGGAGUAUUUAUAAAUGUACUGUAUUUUUAAAAUAUGGUGAAU